ACAGUGCUCACAACAUUCUUUCUUUUUAAACGUUUAUUUUUUGUUUCUCUGUUUUUCUUUUUAUUUGUGCUUCCUUUCAGACUCAGUUUGUCUUUGUUGGAACAAAUUUUCAUUCAGUCGUUAUUCAUAUAUUUACCGAGACGCAACACUCAAACAGUUUCCGCCAUUUUUCUCGGUGAUCACGUUCACGCAUUUUCUCUCGCGGAAUGCGCAGGGAUUCCGUUACGACGACACCGUUUCGUUGAUAAUUUAUUGCCAUUGGGUUCGAAGACGCCAGCGAGGGUGAAUCGAUCGCAGAGAUGGCGGUGGCGCUCGCGGACAAGGUUAAGAUCGGUGUCUGCGUGAUGGAAAAGAAGGUGAAAUGUCACUCAGAGGUCUUCUCCGCGCCUAUGGGACAAAUUUUUGAUAGGCUACAAGCGUUUGGUGAAUUCGAGGUCAUACAUUUUGGGGACAAGGUGAUCCUUGAAGAACCAAUAGAGAGCUGGCCAAUAUGUGAUUGCUUGAUUGCUUUCUAUUCCUCGGGAUAUCCCCUUCAAAAGGCAGAGGCGUAUGCUGCUUUAAGGAAGCCUUUUGUGGUAAAUGAACUGGAGCCCCAGCACCUUCUUCAUGACCGAAGGAAAGUAUACGAGCGUCUUGAAAUGUUUGGAAUACCCGUUCCAAGAUAUGCCCUUGUAAUUAGGGAAGUCCCGUAUCAACAACUGGAUUACUUUAUUGAGGAAGAAGAUUUUGUUGAGGUUCAUGGCAUGCGGUUUUUUAAGCCAUUUGUAGAGAAGCCUGUUGAUGCUGAUAACCACAGUAUAAUGAUAUAUUAUCCCAGUUCAGCUGGUGGAGGUAUGAAGGAAUUGUUUAGGAAGGUUGGAAAUAGGUCAAGUGAGUUUCACCCAGACGUGAGAAGAGUAAGGCGUGAAGGAUCCUACAUUUAUGAGGAGUUUAUGCCAACUGGAGGAACAGAUGUUAAGGUGUACACAGUAGGUCCUGAAUAUGCUCAUGCUGAGGCAAGGAAGUCACCUGUUGUUGAUGGUGUUGUUAUGAGAAAUCCUGAUGGGAAGGAAGUCAGGUAUCCAGUGUUACUAUCUCCUGCUGAGAAGGAAAUGGCAAGAGACGUUUGCAUUGCAUUCAGUCAAGCGGUUUGUGGAUUUGAUCUCUUGAGAAGUCAGGGACGCUCGUAUGUUUGUGAUGUGAAUGGAUGGAGCUUUGUUAAAAAUUCGUACAAGUAUUAUGAUGAUUCUGCCUGUGUGCUACGGAAGAUGUUGUUAGAUGCAAAAGCUCCCCAUCUUUCUUCAGUGGUUCCACCAACUUUACCAUGGAAAGUAAAUGAACUAACCCAACCUUCUGAGCCACUAACUCGUGAGCCACUAACUCGUCAGGGUAGUGGUAUUAGUGGCACUUUUGGACAAUCUGAGGAACUGCGAUGUGUAAUUGCUGUUAUUCGUCAUGGUGAUAGAACUCCAAAACAGAAAGUGAAGCUAAAGGUUACUGAGGAAAAGUUGUUGAACUUAAUGUUGAAAUACAAUGGUGGCCGACCCAAAUCUGAGGUAAUGCUAUUUUUGGUCCUUCGAUGACUAUUGUUAAGACUUUAACUAUGUAGGCAAACAAGUAGUUAUCUGAUUGAGACCAAUUAUAUUCUCA